AUGUCGCCGUAUCGUAUAACUACUGUAUUCGUCGUGUUGUUGUUUCACGUAUAUGUGCUGACAGCGCAGACUUUUCCAGUCGAAAAAAUAGCAGUCGGAGCAAUAUUCGACCAGAAUACUGAAGAAAUUCAAAAUGUGUUCAAAUAUGCAUUGACAAUGCACAACCAGAAUAUAAGCAGCCGACGAUUGGAACUGCAAGCCUAUGUCGACGUCAUCAAUACGGCCGAUGCAUUCAAGCUUUCACGACUCAUAUGCAAUCAAUUCGCUCGCGGCGUGUUUGCAAUGCUCGGUGCAGUGACUCCGGAAUCUUUUGACACGCUUCAUUCAUACACCAACACCUUCCAGAUGCCCUUUGUCACGCCAUGGUUCCCAGAGAAGGUUAUCCCACCGUCUUCAGGGUUGAUCGAUCACGCUGUGAGCAUGAGACCGGAUUACCAUAAGGCCAUUGUGGACACUAUCAUCUUCUAUGGAUGGAAGGAGAUCAUUUAUAUGUAUGAUUCACACGAUGGUUUGCUACGUCUACAACAACUAUACCAAUCCAUGCAGCCAGGGCGUACAGCAUUCCGUAUAACUAUGGUGAAACGAAUCAAUAACGCAUCAGACGCCUUGGAUUUUUUGCUAUCGUUGGAACACCAUGACCGAUGGGGAAACAAGCGGAUCGUACUCGAUUGCAACACAAAAAAUGCUAAAAAUAUCCUGUUGGGACAUGUCAGGAAAGUGGAGCUUGGCCGACGGACUUAUCACUAUAUGCUUAGUGGACUGGUUAUGGACGAUCAUUGGGAGAAUGAAGUCACAGAGUACGGUGCAGUCAAUAUAACAGGGUUCCGCAUCGUCGACCACUCGCGCAAGAUUGUGCGCGAUUUCAUGGACGGUUUGCGUCGGAUGGACACACGUUUCAAGGGAACCAUAUCGGCUCAAACCGCUCUUAUGUACGACGGUGUACAAGUCCUAAUGGACGCUCUGGGAAGACUGUGGAGAAAAAAGCCAGAUGCUUUUAGGAAUGCUUUAAGACGGGCCGCAGGACAAGCCAACUCGACGAAAGUGAUCGAUUGUAACCCAGGCAAAAGUUGGGUAGUACCUUUUGAGCAUGGCGACAAAAUAUCUAGGUUGAUCAAGAAGACUGAUAUAGAGGGCCUGACAGGAAAUAUUUCAUUCAAUGAAGAGGGACAUAGGUUCAAUUUUACGUUGCAAGUCGUCGAAAUGACCAUUGCAAGCGCUAUGUUGAAGGUAGCAACAUGGACGGAUAUGAAUGGAUUGAUUCCCAUACAACCAAAAUACGUUCAUCAACGACCCCCUACCUUGUAUGAUACUAAUAAGACCUACAUUAUAACUACAAUACUACAAGAACCAUACAUAAUGCAGAAACAAUCGGAAUACGGUCAAAAUGAAUAUUAUGGAUUUUGCAAGGAUCUGGCUGAAUUAAUUACAACCAAGAUUGGUAUAAAAUACGAGCUCCGAGUUGUCAAGGACAACAAGUAUAUGAGUGGGAGCCCUACGGAUGGAUCGACUGAAUUAGUAGGCGAGAUUGUUAGGAAGGAUGCCGAUAUAGCGUUUGGACCGUUGUCCAUAACGCCAGAACGAGAAAAACUGGUGGAUUUUAGUGAACCGUUCCUGUCAAUUGACAGUCCUAUUACGAAUAAAAGAAUACCAAAACAACUGUCGGAUACAUUCAGCUUUCUGCGACCUCUGUCUAAGGAAAUAUGGUUAUGCGUCCUGUUUAGCUUUUUUGCUGUCAGCAUCGUACUAUUUCUGGUAUCUAGAUUUUCACCACAUGAGUGGCGAUCUGUAUCAAUAUCGGAUACACAUUUGGAUCAUCCGAUCAGCAGCACUAAUGAGAUAAUUCUACACAAUGAAUUCAGUAUCUGGAACUCAUUUUGGUUCUCGCUGGGAUCGUUUAUGCAGCAGGGCAGCGACGUCGUACCGAGGUCUUUAUCAGGACGAAUAGUGGGCACUGUUUGGUGGUUUUUUGCCUUAAUCCUGGUUUGUUCUUACACGGCAAAUUUGGCAGCAUAUCUCAUAGUGGAGCGUAUCACUGAACCACCUCAGACCGUCAGCUAUCCAGCAGGCUUGGCACAAUCAGAAGGUUCAUUCUUUUCGGGUUAUCCAGUGAGAGACACGGUAUCAAACGAUGGAUCCAUUGCGUACUAUUCUAUGGAAAAAGGCCCUGAAAUGACGUGCAAUACGAUAUCCAGAGUAUGUAAAUAUAAACAUACCGAGCUUGCUAUCGCGACACCAAAAGGAUCUCCUAUGAGGGAAAAUAUAAAUCUGGCUAUAGUGAAUUUGAAAAAGGAUGGAGUUGUUACUAAGCUUUGGCGGAAAUGGUUAAACACGAAGAAACCCAACUGCGACGUAAAAGAUGAGGAGCCUACAAUCACAGAAAUGACCUUAAGCCAAGUAGCUGGAAUCUUCUAUGUAUUGGUUGGAGGUUUAGCACUGGCAUUAACUGUGGCGCUCCUAGAGUUCUGCCAACAUGGACGUGCAGAGGCAGCACGCGCAAACGUGCCAUUGCGUGCUGCUUUACGUGCAAAAGCCCGACUCGCAUCUCGAACUGACCGGAAGGCCCCACCUAAUCAUACACCGCAGCGUGACCACGACCGUCUGGGUUGGAACGGCGCUGCUUUUGCUGGGUACUUCGCAGCUGGCACUCAAAUCUCCCAAGAGGAUGCUGUGCAUGCCAGUUUCACGCAUGUCUGAUCCUCGGAGAAGGGCG